AUUUUAAUUCUAUAAUUUCUUUUGAUUUCCAUUAGGACUGUUGAGUAAGUAUUUUUCAUGGAACAAGUUUUCAAUUUCUGUCUGUAUCACCUUUUUUUUGUUGUACUCAAGGUAUUAAAAUCCAUUCUAAAUUUAGAGAAUAAGAUUAUCAAGGUCAAUGCCUUUGUACCUAACAUUGUAUUUCUAUGAAUAUGCAUGCCAUUUUUCUAUAUUAUUCAUGCAUUUGUUCCUAUAACAUGGCAAUAAUUCUGUAGGCGACUAGAUGUGAAUUUCUCUUUCAAAUGUGUGCAUGUGUGAAUAGUGUCCUAAGCAAAAUCAAUCUAGAUCAUGAAUAGUGUCUUCAGGUUAAUUACUAAGUGUUUGAUCUUUUAAACCUGACCUUGCUUCUUAUGUCUGUUUUGUGCUAUUCCUGCUUUCUUCCAUUGUCUUGCUUUGAGCACAAAUUCUUCUUCUCAAUGGCAUUGAUCUUUAAUGAUUGUUUUAGAUUGAUUGUCAUUUUGUGUGGUUUUGUUUUGUCCUUGAAUAGGCUUUGUAUGGCAUGCUUAUGUACUAAAUAUGUAAUUUGAUUGGUUAUUUAUAUUUUUAAAGAAAUGUCAGAUUGCCAACCUUAAUCCGAUCAAUAUGCCUCUACAGCUUAUAGUGCAAACAAAAUUAUUGAAUUGGAAAAUAUUAUUGAUAAAGAUAAUGUAAUAGACGAAAUGGAAGAAAUGGGUAUAGAACAAUCUUGAGAUAACCCAAACAAGAGGAAGAGAUCUGAGGUGUGGACUGAAUUUGAAAUUGUAACAAUAGAUGGCAACACAAAGGCAAAUGCAAUCAUUGUAGCACUAAAUUGGCACAGAAGAAGGGGGGUGCCACAACUCAUCUUAAAAGAUAUUUAAAAGCUUGCAUGCCUCGAAAACUUUCUAAGUCUAGCGAAGACAAAGAGUUAAAACAAAGCUUAUUGUCUUUUGAGGCUAUUCAAAGUCAUGCAAUGCUCGCAACUUACAAGUAUGAUAAAGAUAAGGUAAGCGAGAUUCUUGCAAAGAUGAAUAUAGUGCAUGAGUAUCCUUUUAGGAUGGUGGAACAUCAGUUCUUUGUUUUAUUCUGUAAAGCUCUUAACCCGAAAUUUGAGCUAAUAAAGCGGGUUACUUUGAGGAGUGACUGCAUGAAAAUGUUUGCAAUUGAGAAGCAAAAGUUGAGGUCAAUGUUAAGAAAUGUUGAUAGAAUUAGCUUAACGUCUUAUCUAUAGACCUCAAAUCAAAUAAUAUGAUACAUUUGCCUCACUGGACAUUUCUUAGAUUCUGAAUGGAAGUUGCAAAAGAGAAUUUUAAAAUUUUAUAGCUUGGCACCUUCCCACAUGGGAAUUACAAUUGCUGAUUGUAUUCUUCAGUGUCUAACUGAAUGGGGGAUUAAAGAUAAGGUUUUCACUAUUAUGUUAUACAAUGCAUCUUCGAAUGAAACAACAGUCAAGGUCUUCAGGGAUAAUUUUGCAAUCAACGAAAAGCUUUACUUCAAUGAAAAAAUAUUUCAUGUUCGCUGUUGUGCACAUAUUUGGAACCUAAUGGCACAAGAUGGUUUAGCAGAAAUACGGGAUGCAAUUGAGAAUAUCCGCGAAAGUGUGAAAUAUCUGAAGAUGUCUCCUUCACGACUUCAUAAGUUUAAUGGAAUUGUUAAACAGUUGAAGUUGUCAACUUCUAAAAUUCUUCAACUUGAUGUGCCUGCUCGAUGGAACUCAACAUAUGAAAUGCUAGAGUCAGCAUUGGAGUUCAAACCGGUGUUUCCAAUGUACAAAGAAAGAUAUUCCAACUACAAAUGGUUACCAUCCGAGGAGGACUGGAUACGAGCUAUAGAGGUUUCAAAAUUUUUAGAAGUUUUUAAUGAAGCCAUAGAAUUGUUCUCAGGACGUCAACAUCCAACUUCAAAUUUGUUCCUUAAAGAAAUUUGGAGAGUGAAGAAGAAAUUAAAUAAUCUGUCCUUCGAUACUAGAGAUUUUGUGAUGCGCAUGACUCGAAGAAUGAAUGAAAAAUUUGAGAAGUAUUGGGGAGACUGUAACUUACUAAUGGCAAUUGAAAUAGUUUGGAAUCCUCUUGCUAUAAAAUGCGGCUCAUUAUAUUUUGUUUUCUAAAACUUUAUGGUGUGGAUGUUUUUCAACGCCAUAUUGAUGAUGUUCAUGAAGCUUUAGAUAUGCUCUACUAGCAAUGUCACUAGUACCUCCUCCAAACUGAAAAGAAAAAGAAGGGAUGAUGAUGACUUUGAUAUGUGGGCUAAACAACAUGAGGAUGUUAUUCCUGCAAACAAAACUAAGUUGGACAUAUAUCUAGAAGAAGGUAUUUACAGGCCUAGUGAUGAAGACCAUGACAAGUUUGAUGCUUUAAACUGGUGGAAAGCUAACACCCUAAAAUUUCGCUAUCUAUCAAAAAUGGCUCGGGACAUACUAUCCAUUCCUAUUUCUACUGUUGCUUCAGAGGCUGCAUUUAGUGCUGAAGGUAGAGUGCUUGAUCAAUAUCGUAGCUCUUUGAAGCCUGAGACUGUACAAGCUUUCAUUUGUACUGGAGAUUGGUUGCGUCAUGAGCUUGGAUUGGAGCAGUCAUCAAAUGGUGAUGAAGAGUUUAUGCAAUGGAACACAGAGACUGGUCUAAACUAGACUACUUGAGAACUUGAAAUUUAUUAUGUUUAUUAUGCUUCUUGAACUCUUUUGUAGAACUUGAUUUGUAUCAGAUGUUUUUUAGUUUGUUGGGGUUUCACUUAGACCAUUUAAAUUCUCUUUUAUUGUCAUUGUCUUUGUGCUUGGAUGUGGUUAAUUCUUUUCUUUUUUGUCUGUGAACGGGCUUGUUGUCAUUGCCUUUUUUUGUCUGUGACCAUUUCAACAAUUGCCAGCCCACUUGAUGGAUCAAUAGAAACAAGUUAGUCAUGUUCAUGGUUUUACAUCCUUUAGUUCCGGGUCGUCAUUUUAUGGUACAGAUUGAUGUCUGUAUUACAAUGCUGAAGAUGAAGCUAGGGGUGCAGAUAAAAAUUAUAUGACUUCUUUGCAAAGAAAUUUUGGUCCAAGUUCAUAUACCUAUGAGCAGGAGGUACCUUAUUGUUAUUCUUCUACUCAAGAUAAUGCUUCAUUUAGCAUUUGGCUUUGCGCAUGAAUGAUAUCCCAAGUGCUGCUGCCAUCUACAUUGGUCAUUUGUCUUCGUUUUUAUUUGACAAUUUCAUGCGAACAGUAUCCUUUACUUUGGGUUACUGCAUGAAUUUGCUGUCCACGAAGGACAGCUUUCUUUAAAUUUGUCAGUUGUAUUAUUGUACUACUAUUGGAUGCAGAACCUCUGGAAUCUUCAAUAGUGAGCACUCAAGAUGUUGACAUUAGUUACAAGUUUUAUAGAUUAUUAUUUGGCCUUACAAUAACUCUUAUUUGUUUUGGUCAUAUAGACUAAUCUUUAGUUGAUUUUUAGCUUCCAUAUGAUGUAAAUGGUUAUAUUUUGAUUUCUUAAUAUUCUUAUCUUUUUCUGCAGAGACAGAUGCUGUAAUUUAUGCGAAACUGAAUAGCCGAAUUUGAUCCCUAGUUUUGAUGCAUAAUCAGGUGAUUAGUUUCCAAAAUUAUAAGAUCAAAGGAAAGACAUCAUGAAUUUAAAAAAUCACAUGUAAUUGCUGGAAUUGGGUUUUAAAUUUUAAAGAUCUUUUUCAAUUUCAGGAGCUAGGCCUAUUAGCUGGAACACCUAUUGAAACUUCACUUAUUUUGCAAUGGUGCCUGAAUACUGGCUCACUGAAGGUGGUCAAAGUGAGCAAAAUAAAAAAUGUUUUAAUUUUACCUAUUUGUUGAAGCUCUUGAUAAUCUACCAGAUUUUGACAUCAACAGUUAAUUUUAGUUCCUGUUUUCUUAGUGAUUAUUUACGAAGUUACUGAUCAUUGCUUCUGUUGAAGUAAAUCCAUGAUUUCUUAUUUUUCUUAUCAACUGUUCUUUCAGACCACCAGGCACUGUGCCCUUUCUUUUCGUUAGAGGAGAUGGAGCCAUACUGGUUUCUCCACCUAGAAUUAGGUCAAUGGUGAGAGGUCACUGGUAGACUUUGUGUCUCCAAUAUUGAUUGUUGUGUUACUGUCCUUUUCCCUUUUGGAUGACAACCAACUGCGAGUUCUCGAAGUUAACUAGUUU